CUAUCUGGAAGACUCCCUCUCCAAUUCUAAAAUUAUUGUCUACAUAAUUUCCGGCUGGUCGAGAGAAAGGGGAAAUUUUGUUCGACGGACGACGUUUAUAGUGAGAGGCACUUGGCCGUUGCCCUGGCCUGAUUUCCUGAAUUAUGUUUCAGUCAAGGGAUCGACUAGAAGCUCGUACACCACUUCAACAUGGAAUUGGGAGAUUGCAACAUCUACAAAACUUGAUGAUAGAGUUUCAACAGACUGAGGACGAUGGUUGCCGAGAACAGGUGCUGGCUAAUUUGGCUAACUUUGCCUAUGAUCCAAUAAAUUAUGAGUAUCUGAGACAACUAAAUGCAGUUGAUUUAUUCCUAGAUACCUUAACUGAGCCAUCAGAACGGCUUGUUGAGUUUGGUAUUGGCGGACUUUGCAACCUUGUACUAGACAAGGAGAAUAAGGCCCAUAUUCUAGCAAAUGACGGUGUUUCUCUGGUAAAAGAUUGUUUAUCAAGUCCGAAUGAAGAGAUUGUUUUGUCAGCCAUCACGACCCUAAUGUACCUCAUGACACCAGCUUCUAAACAAGAGAUCACAGCGCCAUCCAUUGUUGAAUGUAUGCAGAGGUUUGCAGGGUCCAGCAGCAAGAGAUUGAGUAACCUAGCCAAUGUCUUUCUCCAGGACUACUGUACUCCAGAGCAACGUCUAAUGGCAGAGUCACCGUCGUUGACCACAGGUUCAGCAGUUGGGAUACCUCUACCACCUGAACCCAAGCAGGAGACAAGAUGAAGAGAUGUCAGUGUCAUUGACCACAGGUUCAGUUGUAGGGAUACUGUUACCACCCGAACCCAAGCAGGAGACAAGAUGAAGAGAUGUCAGUGUCAUUGACCACAGGUUGAGUUGUAGGGAUACCGCUACCACCCGAACCCAAGCAGGAGACAAGAUGAAAAGUCGUCACUGUCAUCCACCACAGGUUCAGUUGUUGGGAUACCUCUACCACCUGAACCCAAGCAGGAGACAAGAUGAAGAGAUGUCAGUGUCAUCGACCACAGGUUCAGUUGUAGGGAUACUGUUACCACCCGAACCCAAGCAGGCGACAAGAUGAAAAGUCGUCACUGUCAUCCACCACAGGUUGAGUUGUAGGGAUACCUCUACCACCUGAACCCAAGCAGGAGACAAGAUGAAGAGAUGUCAGUGUCAUUGACCACAGGUUCAGCAGUUGGGAUACCUCUACCACCUGAACCCAAGCAGGAGACAAGAUGAAGAGAUGUCAGUGUCAUUGACCACAGGUUCAGCAGUUGGGAUACCUCUACCACCUGAACCCAAGCAGGAGACAAGAUGAAGAGAUGUCAGUGUCAUUGACCACAGGUUCAGUUGUAGGGAUACUGUUACCACCCGAACCCAAGCAGGCGACAAGAUGAAAAGUCGUCACUGUCAUCCACCACAGGUUGAGUUGUAGGGAUACCGCUACCGUCUUAACCAAAGUAGGAGACAAGAUGUCGAGAAGUCACCAUCAUCAACCACAGGUUCAUUUGUUGGGUACUACUACCACCUGAACAAAAGCAAAAGCUAUAAAGAUGUCACUCAUCUUGGUGACCCAUCAUCUCAAAAACUGUUGUAUCUCCAGCUUCAGAUGAAGAUAUUAAAUACAAUCAAGUGUCUGCUUUCAAUAUGUCAUCUGUAUGGUGUCUAGAAUCAGUUUUCAAUUCAAAGUUAAUUUUGACGACAAGUAUUUGGCUAGAUGGGAUUGCUUUAA